CUUCAGAGAAACAGUGUGUUCAACAGAGACUGAAGCUUCAGAGAGAAACAGUGUGUUGAACAGAGACUGAAGCUUCAGAGAGAAACAGUGUGUUCAACAGGAAGUGGUGAUUUUAACAUCCAUGGUUCUCUCUCGGUGUUCCUGAGACAGUGUGUGUGAGCAGCUGAUCCAUCCAUCGUCUGUGUGUCUGGAUGAAUCUCUGACUCUGCUCUUUCUUCUGAAGCCUCUAGCUCGGACUCUAGAAGCUAGCUUAGCAUGCUAGCUUAGCAUGCUAGCUGGUAACACGCUAGCAACACAGUGAGAGAAACGGGAAGUGGUGAUUUAGUAAUCAUGAGUGUUGUCCUGCUCUCGUUGGUGAAGCAGCGACUCACUGCGGCUGCUGAAGAGAUCUUUGUUCUGUUUGAAAGAACGAUAGCAGAGUACGAGGAGGAACUGUCUCGUUCAAAACAGGAGAACGAGAGACACCGGAAACUACUGGACGCUGUUUUACAGCCUCAGCUUCAGAUCCACAGAGCAGACGUCCAGCAGCAGCUGGUGGUUAAAGAAGAGGUUCCCCCUGAGCAGCAGGAGUGGAGCUCCAGUCUGGACCAGGAGGACCCAGAGCCCCCCCCACACAUUAAAGAGGAACAGGAGGUACUCUGGAUCAGUCAGGAGGGAGAGCAGCUUCAAGGGCUGGAGGAGGCUGAUAUCACCAAGUUCACAUUCACUCCUGUCCCUGUGAAGAGUGAAGAUGAUGAAGACAAACCUCAGUCCUCUCAGCUUCAUCAAAGACAAACUGAACACCUGGAAACAGAAGCUGAUGGAGAGGACUGUGGAGGACCAGAACCAGCCAGGAACUCAGAUCCAGAGAGACAUUUACAACCAGAGACUGAGGACAACCCUGGAGACUCUUCUAAACCUUAUACUGAAGAUAGUGCUGAUUGGAAGGAGACCAGAGAACCAGGUUCAAACUCUCAGAGAAAUAAACAAGACCCUGUCAGUGAUUCAAGACGUAGUGCAGGAGAGAAACAAUUCAGCUGCUCAGUCUGUGAGAAAACAUUUGCAUGGAAAGGAUAUUUAAAUCUGCACAUGAGAAUCCACACAGGAGAGAAACCAUACAUCUGCUCAAUUUGUAAGAAAUCUUUUGCAGUGAAAGGAAGUUUAAAGUGCCACAUUAGAAUCCACACAGGAGAGAAACCAUACAGCUGCAGUGUUUGUGACAAAAGAUUCACCUGGAGUCAUAAGGUCAAAAGCCAUAAGUGUGUUGGUCGUCAGUCCUCACAGCUUCAUCAAACUCAAAGUGAGAAGAACAGAGAGGCAGAGCCUCCAGCCAGCAGCUCAGCUGAACACAUGGAAACAGAAGCUGAUGGAGAGGACUGUGGAGGACCAGAACCAGCCAGGAACUCAGAUCCAGAGAGACAUUUACAACCAGAGACUGAUGACAACCCUGGAGACUCUGCAUGUGCAACAAAAAAAGAGGACAAUUAAUUAGUCCUACGACAAUUCACAAGAGAAAAAUCUGUCUGGUUGUAUAUACUCUGUUUGACAAUAUUCAUACAUGAAUUUCCACAUACAUCCUUGCAUAUAUACUCCAUCUUUAAAUAUGUUUAACGUUUUUGUCAUACUACUUUUCUGAUUUAUACUAUAACCACUUGAUUUUGGUUAAUGAAAUGUUGUGACUUUAAACUUCCAUUGGGAUGUUUUUGAUAGUUCCUGUUGAGUUAUCAGUCUGUUCUGGUCUAAAAGAAGAACCAAUGACGUAUUGAUAUAGAGAAUGUGUACAAUGUUUCCAGUUUGAUUCUGUUUAUAUCAUCAAACCAAACUAAAAGAAAAAGGCCUUUGAAACAGACUCGCAUUCCUGCCUAUUGUUUGUGUUUUGCAGCAGAUUACAAUCAGCUCAUUCAGAGUUCAGAGUUAAGAUGGAAUUUUAGGAUUAUUCCUUAAAUCCUUUCACCUCCGUUGAAUCAGGUUGGAAGCAGAAAUAAAAUACUUUUUAUUUAGGUUUAUUUAGAUGAGAUUAGAUUUACUUAUAUAUUUAGUUGUAGAUGCAGAAACAAGUAAUAAACAAGGCAUUGCACUAAAGUUGAAACUGUUAUUAAAAAAAGAGUUAACUGUAUUCAUAUAAACAUCAACAAUAUACUUACCUCCAGCGGUUCUAUGGUAGACACACAAUAAGAUAUUCAGAACACUGUAAUCAACAAAUCAUAUUGUUAAAAAAUAAAAGAAACAGGAUAAA